AUGUCAGACCCAACUCCCACCCACAGAGGCGACCACAUCCCCCCCGAGAUCCUAUCCUCUGAGGUCCCCAUCGGCCGCGAACUCGGCAUCCUCUUUGGAUUCCUCAUCGCCUCGCUGGUGAUAAUGUCCGUUUACGCUGUGGUUUGGCGGGCUAUCGAACGCCGCGAAGAAGAGCGCGAUCGCCUUCGACGAGAGAAACUAGUUGCGCGCGGGGUGCAUCAUGGUCGUGGCGGGAUCCAUGAGAAGAUGCUGGACCAGGAGGUCUUCAUGGGGAGGGCGGAGCUUCCUGUGCAUGGACAUGGUCUUGGAUCUCGGAGCCAGAGCCGGACUCGUCGAGAGGAGGGUGAUGAGGAUGGGACUAGAGCUAGAACGGGGGAGGAGGUGAUGAAUGGCGGGUCUGGUGGGAGGGCAAGGGCGACUUCGAAUUCGAUACCGAUGUCGAUGUCAUAG